AUGCAAGCCGUCAGAGAAUCGUCCAUCACAGAACACGAGGUAUCCUUGUGCAUCCCGUCUGCGGAGGCAGGCGUAGACAUUGCUGGCAUCUUGCACCACCGUCACUCUGCGCAGCAAAAAACCCGCGAAAUAGCGCUCAUCCUUCACGGCCUUAUGGCACACAAGAAUCAGAGCUACCAUCGAGAGCUCGCCGCUGCUCUCCCUAUGGACAGCUUUCGAUUUGACUUUCGCGGGAACGGUGAUACAGGAGGUUCGUGGGGCAUGUGCAAUAUAGCACAGGACAUUCAAGAUAUCCAGGCGGUGGUGCACCAUCUGCGCCACCAGCUAGGCUACCGUGUCGAACUGAUCGUUGGCCACUCACGCGGCUCUCUCGAUGCCUGGGCAUACCUCGGUCGCGAUGAACGCCUGCGUUGGGACGAUGAUGUUGAUGUGCCUUACUUUGUGGCUGUUUCUGGUCGCUGGGAUAUGACACGCGUGAUGGACAGGUACGACAUGUACAAGCGUGGCUUUGAUAAGGAGGGUGUCUUCCGUUGGCGAACAAAGAGUGCAGGCGUGCAAAGAGAGUAUCCAGUUUAUCCCACGGAUCUUGCUCGAAUGGCCAACUUUCCAAUCCGUAGCAUCGUGAAACGGCUUUCUCACAACACCGACGUACUCAUUAUCCACGGUACCGAGGACCGUACUGUCCCCGUGGAUGAUGCUAGUAGCUACCUGGAUGAACUCUCAAACAUCCCUGGCCGGGCGCAAGACGCACAGCAGAUCCACUUGGUUCAGGGCUCCGACCACAUGUAUAAGGGCCACACCCAAGCGGUGGCCGAGUGCAUUGUUAGCUGGUACCACCAGCGCAAGUCUGCUAAGGCGGCGAGCUCCUCAGCUGGAGCUCCCGCACAGGCGCGCCUAUAA